AGGAGAGUACAAGGAGGUAGACCUCGAAGAGCUUAUGGAGCUGACAGAAUAUAACUUGGGAACAGACUAGAUACCCAUGGAGCUCAAGGUGUAUGCUCUCUAUGCCACCUAUAACACCUAUGAUACCUAUGCCUCUAUGCCCCCUAUGCCCCCAAUAUCCCACAGUGGAGAUAACCCUAUGACACUAGUGGAUGCUACAUCGUAGAUACCCUUUGUAGCCAUAGUAUGCCACUAAACAACAACCCCAUGUCUUGGCCAGGAUUGGCACCGGGAGUCUGCCACAGAACCACAGACCAGUGGACAGGGUUACCAACAAGUAAGGUAGAGUGGGAGUAUGCCAUUCCACCCAAGGUCGUGCUCCCAUACCUUGGCUUUUAAAAGGGGGGUAUUACACUCCUUUGCCUCUUAGCUUCUUCCCUACAUUGUCUGAGCACUGUACCUCAUCCCCUGGUACAUCCAUACUCCUCUCUCCAGAUAUAAGUACUACACUACACAGCAUGACUAAGAGCGACAUUAGAAAGGAGUUCGGUGAGCUGCUGAACAAGCACUGGUCUUUCCUGGACUGGGAGUGGCCCACCAUCCAAAGGUCCAAGUACCACCGUACCUCGGCCAAGGAGAUCCCCUCCAUUGGUAUGGUCAAGGAGUUGGUACUUCAGCGUCUUGGGGUUAUCCCCGUCUUCUUCUUCUUGGUUGUCCUGUUUGGUACUCAGGACUAUAGCGGCCCUUACUCGAAUGUGGAGAAGGGUCUACUACUCCUGUACCAUCUCCUAACAGGGUGCUCUAUGGCUGAUAUGGGGCAGUUCAUCCCCAAGAGUAGUUUCCACCAACUACACAAGGAGUUCUAUGAGAAGAGAGGUGGAGAGUUAUCUCGCAUGAUAACCAGGAUGCUGGGUGCCAUGUUCUCCUCUGUGCGUAUACGCCUCCUGUGUGCCGCGGAGAACAACCCAGUGGACUUUAGGCAUGUAACCCUCUUCCUGGAUGGCCAUGAUACCCGUGUGUCGUAUAGAGGAGAAGGUAGUUCAUCCCUCUACUCUUACAAGCUAAAGAAGUCAGGGUUUAGAACCCAGGUGUGUACGGACAUCAACGGCAUGAUCCUGUUUGUGUCUGAGUCUGUACCCUGUAAGGACUUCAACGACGGCACCAUGUUUGUGCAGAUGGACAUUGGAUCCAAGAUACACCCUCUUGACUGUGUUGCCUUGGAUGGUGGGUAUACCCA